GCGCCUCUUCUCACAACUGCCUAGCAUGUCAGAACAAAUUGCUGUUGAUUUAGACUACGAUUCUGCUAUCGAUAUACCACUCGACGGUUCAUUAAAUUUAUCACUUCGAUCAAGCCUGCUUCAUUUCGCGCAAGAGAAUGGACGGACUUACCAUAGGUUAAGUGAAGGGAAGUAUGCCUACCCAAAUGACGAUAUCGAAAACGAUAGACUCGACCUGCAAGAUGGCAUGUAUAUCAUUACGCUUGACGGCAAGAGGGCCCUGAAUCCAGGAGCCGAUACAGCCAAACGAGUUUUAGAUUUGGGUACCGGAACAGGGAUCUGGGCAUUGGAAUUUGCUGAGGAACAUCCGGCUGCCGAAGUGAUCGGCGUUGAUCUGAGCCCUAUUCAACCUCCAUUCGUACCGCCAAAUUGUAGUUUCGAGAUCGACGACCUUGAGAAAGAAUGGACUUGGUUGAGACCAUUUGACUUUAUUUUCUCUCGCAUGAUGACAGGAAGCUUCUCCGACCCAGAAGCGAUAGCAAAAAAGGUAUUUGAUGCUCUAAGCCCCGGUGGCUGGUAUGAGAUCCAGGACAUUCAACUCCCCGUCUUCUGUGACGAUGGGACUCUCGACCCAGAAACCUCACCACUGAUGAAGUGGCAAGAAUGCCUUAUACAAGGCUCCCGAAAAAUUGGUCGGCCUCUUGGUGACUCUGACAAGUACAAAGCUAUCGUCGAGGAAGCAGGCUUUCAUAAUGUUGUUGAGACUAUCUACAUAUGGCCUACCAACGGCUGGCCCCAAGACCCAAAGCUAAAGGAACUUGGGAAAUGGAACCUGAUCAACUUUGAGUCAGGACUUGAGGGCGUAAGUUUGGCUUUAUUCACCAGGGUGCUCGGCUGGUCAAAGGAUCAAGUGCUAUCUCUUUGUGCGGAUGUGAGGAACGAGUUGAGAAAUCCGAAGGUGCAUGGGUACUGGAAGAUCUACGUGGUAUAUGGCCAGAAACCGUAGAAGGAGGCGGUUUGGUAGAAGGAGGAUUAGCCUUUAGGUCGUGCGCGUUGACUAUACGAUGGCCAAUGCCUGUUCUAUUCGACGUGUAGCAUAAUGGGGCCGCUGCUUAAUAUUCAGUUCAAAAUGCCAGAUCAAUGGACUUGUAUUGCCAUGCCCAGAAACAUGUUACGUGAAAGAAGGGCAAGGAGUUUGCUCCAUGAGACCAUCCCGAUGUCGCCAUUCCUCAGACUACUCGUGAACUCGGGAUUAUGGACCGACGACAAUGCGCUCUGGAGCCAUUCCGCC